AUGAGGCAAAGCUUUUGCCUCCGUUUCAAAAAAAAAAACAUCCUAGCUUUCGGAGAAUCAAGAGAGACAGAACUCAUGGAGCGCGCGUCGGUGGCCGUUUUGAGCAACGUUGUGCAGCUGGUUGGGCAGGAGUUCCGCCAGCUCCGCGCCGUCCGCGGCGAGGUCACUGAGCUGAGGGACGAGCUGGCCACGAUGAACACCCUCCUGCGCAUGCAGUCCGAAGCUGAUGCAAGUGGCUUGAGCCACUUCGUCCGGGAGUGGAUGAAGCAACUCCGGGAGCUCGCCUACGACGCCGAGGACUGCAUCGACCUCUACCUGUUUCGCAUCAGGUGCCAGCAGGGCGACGGCUUCCUCGUCUGGUCCAAACGCCUGCUUGCUACGCUUUUCCCUCGCCAUCGCCUCGCCGGCGAGAUCACGGCCCUCCGCAUCCGUGCUGUUUCCAUCAGCGAGCGCCAUGCUCGUUACGGCGUCAGCAUCGAGCUGCUGGGCCGCACUGCUUCUUCUUCGGAGGCUUUGCAGGCAGUGGUGGCGUCAGCACGUGCGCCACGCCCUCACAACGACCCCAACCAGUUCGUCGGCAUCAAGGCCCAGGCUGAGAACCUGGGCAAGAAGGUGGUGAAGGCGGCUGUCUGUGAGAGUGACAAAGAGCUCAAGGUGUUCUCUAUCGUGGGCUUUGGAGGCCUCGGGAAAACCACGCUGGCCAUGGAGGUCUGCCGGCAGCUGGAGACGGAGUUCAAACGCCAGGCCAAUGUGUCCGUGUCGCAGACCUUCGGCAGCAAGGAUCUCCAGGGCUAA